AUGAAGUUGAUCAGUUUAUUGAUCUCCGCUGGAGUCUUUUCGGGCGCUGUUCUAGCAGGUUCGCAGGGAACGUCAACCUCUAAAUCAUAUACCAGUACCACAACCUAUACCAACACUGCAUCCACUACACUUCAUGCAAGCAGUGAUGGGGUUUGCUACAUUUAUACAUUCCAGGGUGACGAUACUUGUCAGAAAGUUGCGACCGCAUAUGGAAUUACCGUGGCAGAGAUCGAGAAAUACAAUACCGAUGACUGGAUGUGGCCGGGAUGCUCUGGCAUCCAGCAAGGAUAUUUCCUCUGCCUGAGUUCAGGAGAGCCUCCAAUGCCAGUUGCUCUUCCUGAAGCAACCUGUGGGCCCCAAGUGCCAGGUACUGCUCGACCAGGAAAUUACUCGGAUUUGUCUUCAUUGAAUCCAUGCAAGAAUGACGAAUGUGUCUGUACCCUCAUUCCUUCUAUGUCUCUCCUUGGACCAAGCUGA